GUCAUCUUGAAGGCUUCCCCACUAGAAAACUCGGGGUUUGUGCUCGACCCAACUCGCUUUAAUGGAAUGUUGUGUUUUUCUUUGCAGCCAUUAUUUUUGUGUUUUUUCUUUGCCCUUAAAUUUCAAGUUUUUUUUGUUAAUUCAGUUCAACGUGUUCUCAUUCUUGGAAUUCUCUGUUGCUUGGGCAGAAUUCAUACAUCAGUUCUUUUACUCUGUCUCGUUUUUUCUCCUGUGCCGUUUGUCUGUGGAUUUACCGACCCUCGCGAUGUUUAUGCAAUAUACCAGUUACAUGCUAGUCUGGGCUCGCCAUUGCUUCCUAAUUGGAUACCUGGGCCUCAGGCAGACCCCUGUGGGCCCCCAAGUUGGCCGGGAGUUGAAUGUGUGAAUGCAAAUAUAACACAAAUAAAUCUAAGUGGGGCAAAUUUGGGCGGUCGAUUGAGUGAAGACUUGGGAUCGUUUGCUUCAAUUAUGGUCUUGAAUUUGAGCAACAACCACAUUGGAGGCCCUAUACCGACCGAUUUGCCGAUUACUCUUACGAUUUUGUCUUUGAAGAACAAUCAAUUAGCUGGGCCAAUUCCAGAUGCUUUUCAGUCGUUCACGAGUUUGACUAGCAUGGAUUUAUCUGGAAAUAGUUUGACUAAUGAGCUUCCUUCUUCAAUGGGUAGUCUGUCAUCUCUGACCACAUUGCAUUUGCAGAACAAUCAGCUUACUGGAUUGCUCGAUGUUCUCCAAGACCUUCCUCUAACAGAUUUGAACAUAGAGAACAACCUGUUCUCUGGGCCAAUACCCCCAAAAUUACUUAAUAUUCCUGAUUUCAGACAAGGUGGCAAUCCUUUUAACACAACCAUAAUACCUUCCCCACCAUCUUCGCCUCCUUCACUAGCCCCUUCCGAAGCUCCUGCAAGUCAAUACACUGGUCAAAUUCCCGUGCAUGGGCCACUUGUACCAACUGUACCAACUGUAUACAAUGUACCUUCUACACCUCACGAAACUGGAAAAUCGGGGAAUAAAACCACAUGGAUUGCUAUCGGAGGAUUAUUAGUGGUUGCACUGCUCGUUUUAGUACUAUGUGUUUCAGUUUUCAGAUGUUGUAAAAAAAGUCGAGGGGGAGAGAAGAUCCUCCCUGGUGGGACCCACAAGCGUAAUACAUCUUGGCAAAACCCUUUUGUCCAAGAACAGAAAGCUUCUAAGCCGAUGGAGUUGGCACCAGCUAGCAGUAGUCAGACAAAGACUGGAUUUUUAAAGCCGGGAAAAGAUCAUAGUAGUAUAGACAUGACGAGAUCUGAUAAUGCAUCACGUGGGCCCCUCCCUUUUCCCCUUCUUCCAGCAGAGAGGGUUGUUGUGGAUCCUACCUUUAGCUCGAUGGCCAUGAAAAAAGAUGGCACUUCUAAAAUUUUGGAAUCUACACAAUUCUUCACAGUUGCUUCUCUUCAAAUGUAUACAAAUAGUUUCUCUCAAGAAAACCUUAUCGGGAAAGGCAUGCUCGGGUCAGUUUAUCGAGCCCAGCUUCCUGAUGGAAAGGUUGUGGCUGUCAAGAAGCUGGACAAGGCUGCCUCAGGACAUAUAACUGAUCGGGAGUUCCUUGAUCUUGUUGCGAGAAUCUCUAAACUUCAUCAUCCAAAUGUGAUUGAACUCAUCGGUUAUUGCUUGGAGCACGGGCAACGUUUGCUCGUCUACAAUUAUUGCCGAAACGGGACUCUUGACGAAGCAUUGAACUUUGAUGAUGCAAUCAAUGAGAAGCUUUCAUAUUUGCAUGAAGUGUGCAAACCACCUAUUGUGCACCAGAACUUCAAGUGCUGUAAUGUGCUCUUGCAAGAUGAUCUUUCUGUGUGUGUUUCUGAUUGUGGUUUGGCUCCUCUGAUGUCGACAAAUUCCAUGGCUCAGCUGCAAGGUUCAGGUUACGGUGCCCCAGAGCUCGAAUUCGGGAGCUAUUCUUCACAGAGUGAUGUCUACAGCUUUGGAGUUGUUUUGUUACGGCUUUUAACUGGUCGGAAAUCUCACGACAGGUCGCGUGCUCGGGGGGAGCAAUCUCUCGCGAGAUGGGCAUUUUCGCGCCUUCACGAUAUAGACGCUUUGUCGAGAAUGGUGGACCCCACCAUGAAUGGCGCUUACCCGUCCAUGUCACUAUCACGCGUGGCGGACAUAAUAUCGUUGUGUAUUCAGCCUGAGCCGGAGUUCAGGCCGCCAAUGUCCGAAAUUGUCCAGAAGCUUCAACGCAUUAUAAAGAACUGAAUUCCAUGGCUGCAACUUGCUGCUCUGUUAUAAUAAUGUCUAUGGCUCAUGUAGUUUGUUUUUUACAAGUGUUCUUUUAAAUCCUGUAACUGUAACAAAGUUUGGUGCUUGUUGGGUAGAAUAUGCUAAAUCUUACUGUUUAACAAUUUUUUGUUCCUUCUUUUUGUUUUCACUUUUGUUUAAUGUGUGAAAUUAGACAUUGUAAUGUAUUGGUGUUAGCUAGAGUUGGUACACUUACUUACCUGAGAUGCUUAUGCAAUCUGAUUUUCUUUUUCUGAUGCGAAGAUCUGUAAUUUUUUUAUGUUUUUUUUCCUGGGUAGAAUUAUUGAAUGUUAG